AUGCUCGCAAACCUCCUCGCCGUGCUCUCCCUCACCGCGCUCGCCGCGGCGGCACCCGGUCUCUCCGUGUCGCUCUCCGGGCCGACAACCGUGAAGGGCGUUUCGAACCUGCACGUCGCCGCGACGGUGACGAACACGGGCGACGAGGCGCUCACGCUGCUCCGGGACCCGCGCGGGCUGCUGCACGACCUCCCCACGAACGCGUUCUCGAUCGCAUCCGCGUCGGGCGCGGGCCCGAAGUUUGUCGGCGCGGUGGUGAAGUACUCGCCUGCGCUCGCGGCGGAAAGCGGGGCCCCCGACGCGGUGACGGUCCUCGCGCCUGGGGACGCGUUCACCGUCGCGCACGACCUGUCUGCUGCGUACAGCUUCGCCUCGGAGGGCGAGUACACGAUCAGCCCCUCCACGCUCUUCUUCUACGUCGACCCGGCGACGGGCAGCCCCGUCGAGCUCCGCGCGUCCGUCGGCGCGACGCACGUCGCGAGGCUCACCGGCUCGCUCGCCGCGCCCGCCCCGCCGCUCGCGAAGCGGCAGACGUACGUCGGCUGCAUCGCAUCGAUGGAGGUCGCGAUCACGAACGCGCUCGCCGUCGCGCAGGAGUACGCGUCCGAGUCCCUCGCCUACCUCACUGCGAACACGACCGCGACCCCGCGGUUCACGACCUGGUUCGGCGCGCUCACCGCGUCGCGGCACGCGCUCGCGCUCGCGCACUUCAGCGCGAUCGCGGGGCGCGACUUCGCGACGUUCACGUACGACUGCACGUGCACGAUCGCGGGCACGUACGCGUACGUCUUCCCGGACCAGCUCGGGUACUACCACCUCUGCGACGCGUUCUGGGCCGCGCCCGACGCCGGCACGGACUCGCGCGGGGGCACGCUCAUCCACGAGUCGAGCCACUUCACCGCGAACGGGGGCACGCUGGACUACGUGUACGGCCAGACGGACGCGGCGGCGCUCGCGGUGAGCAACCCGGGCGAGGCGGUCAUGAACGCGGACAACCACGAGUACUUCGCGGAGAACAACCCGGCGCUGGCGUAG